UCUGUCCUUACUGCGAGAGGCAUGAAAAGGAUCGCAGAAAAAUUGCUAGAAAUUGUACGAGAAGAAAAACGAGGAGAGAGCAAAUAUCAUGAAACAUAUAGCAGUGAGGAGGAAGUCUUUCCUUGGUUAUUAUGGGGCGAGACCUGGCAACACCAAGCCAGCGAGAGAGAAGGUUCCCCUAAGACGAUGCCCAGUGAUGCAAAAGAGGUCUAUGUAUCGAAGACACGAGACGUGAAACAAAGUGGAAGGAGAGAUGAGGCGGGAAGUGAACAGAGGAAAUUGGAAAAGGCAGUAGGUGGCUGCAAACUAGGAGAAACCAAAGAGGAACGCGGGAAAACUAAAGAAGAGCUCUUACUUAAGAAGGAAAAGGCUGCAAGAAAGAAGGGAACAUCAAGGAAAGAGUUACGUCGAGCCGAACGGUAGGACAAUCCAGUCUGUUUCGUUGGUAGAAAACCAAGUGAAGAGCUCAAAGAAGUCGAAGAAAACAAUGCUACUACAAAUAAAGAAAAACUGCGGAAAGACAAAGUCAUGUGAUGGAUAUGAUAGUUAGUUGAAUAAAUUGGCAAAACCCUAGAUUGAAUGGGCUUGAAAACAUUUGCAUAGGCUUCUACUGACUUGAUAGGCAGGAUGCAUUUUAAAUAUGUCGACCAAAUAAUUCUGCUUGUCCCCUCCAACUUUUUUAUAGACAAGUUGGAGGGGAAUGAUAUAAGAUUUCUUCAUUAAGUCAGAAGCGAUACGCCAGACUACUAAUAAACGUCUAUAUUAUGAUGAACAGGCAUGCUUACGCGUCUUUGAGUGAACUGAAUAUAAAAGUUUACGCAGACAUUCGCUUUUAUUUUCAAACUCUUUCUUCAGUCGUGUAAUGUUAUCGUUCGGUUGAGAGUAGUCCUGAAAGGGUCUGUUGACGGUUAAAGUGACUGAAGUUUGGAAAGCUCACGUUGGAAGCUGGGAUUCGAGUAAAAAGUACUUAAAAUGAUGAUAUUUGUUACUAAAACUGCCUGUUGGAUUUCUAAGCUUCUUAAUUGUACCAUUGAACACGGAAAAAGCUUGACGCAAGUGUCAAGUGUGACAUGCCUUAUGAGACCGUGGAGGUUUACAAUUUUCAAUUAUCGUAGAUCUGAAUGUCUCUGGCUAGAUAAACGAACGUCAUCAACACUGGAACUUUUGAAUUUUGAGAGUUUCCAUUUUUCGCUUCGGAGAGAGUACGACAAACAAACAAUUUUUCAAAGACGGAUUUAUUGUUAAGUAUCAAAAGAAUAACUGUUUAUUGUUCAAGACCAGAAAGUUCUACCACUAUCAGUUAUAAUUAGGCUACGUCGAAAGGCUACAUAGUCAAGAAAACAUUAAAGCUCAUCAAGCUUUGGACAAACCUGCGUCACUCCAGGUAUAUACAUCACUGACAUGAAUUGAAAGAUGUUGUUGCUUCAUAUAUAAAUAACUUUAGCCAUAGAAGACGUUUCAGUCUGCCUUGCACUUUUUGUUCCAAUACUGUAAAACAAGGCACGAAAUCGCGAGUGCCAUAGUUGCAUUAAAAAUGUUUUUUCCAAUCGUACAAUGUGGUACA